UUGUCUACACUUUAGCAAGUGUGAAAUAACAGUCCACCUAGAAGCUACAACCUGGAAUUUAAUGUAGUUUGUUAAACAAAACAAUAUAUGUACGUAUAGCUCUUAGGAAGUAUCGAUAUUGUUGAUUUAAUAGAUUGUACGGUGGCAAUUUUGAACUUGUGUCCAACAAGUCAAUUUUCUUAUAUUUCGUAGUAAUUGUUUUUCUCUUUAUAUCUGUUUAUAAUUAUAUUAAUAGAUUCACUCAUUAUUUAAUUUAAAAUGACUAACACUAUAUUGCUUAAAGAAAGCAAAUCUGGUUCAGAUGAAACAGCUUAUGUUAAAGGACAAGAUAACACAGUUAUGGGCCUAAAUGCUGCAUUAAAACCUGAAAGUAAUAUUUUGGACCUGUUGUCUUCAGCUAUCAAAAAGAUUCUUCUUCCACAAGGUUACCCUGAAAGUGUUAGUGGUGAUUACAUGAGAUACCAGUUGUGGGAUACUCUUCAGGCAUUCUGCAGUACUAUUACAAAUACUUUAGCAACAAAAGCUGUCUUACAAGGAGUUGGAGUUGGAGAUAACACUGCUUCUUCUCUCGGUGCUGCUAUCACAUGGAUCAUGAAAGAUGGUUUCGGGAUGAUUUCUAGGAUAGUUUUUGCUUGGAUAAGUGGGACAAGGUUGGAUGGCGAAUGUAAGAAGUGGAGAUUGUUUGCUGAUGUAUUGAAUGAUAUUGCAAUUUGCAUUGAAAUAAUCAUACUGCCACAUUUCAAACACGAUGCUCUCAAAAUCUUAUGCCUUUCUACUUCACUAAAAGCAGUCGUAGGAGUUGCUGGUGGAGCUACCAGAGCAGCUAUUACACAGCAUCAGGCUAUUAAAAACAAUAUGGCUGAUGUGUCUGCUAAAGAUGGAAGCCAGGAAACUUGUGUUAACUUAGUUGCUUCCUUUUUUGGACUUGCACUAUUAGCAAUGCUCGGAGAUUCUGGAACAUAUAUUUGGAUUCUUUUCUUUGGAGCUACCAUACUUCAUCUAUUUUCGAAUUAUAAAGCAGUCAAAGCUUUAAAUAUAAACAGAUUCAAUACAGAGCGCUUAAAUUAUGUUAUACAAGACUAUAUAUUGACAGAAAGAAUUUGUACACCUGCUGAAACUAAUAGACGAGAAUCUGUAAUACUUGGAAAUGGUCUGAACAGUGAAUACAUUUGUGGCUACAGUAUUAAAAUCGGUGAUUCCAUAGAAAAGUUGGUGAAGAAAAAGCAAAUUUUUCCAUUUGAAUUGCAAUUGUUGACACACGUAUACAAAAGCCGUAAAUAUUUGUUAUUAACAAAUAUGAAAAAUAAAGUUAUUUAUAUUUGUCUAGACAAAACCUAUACGUCUUCUGAUAUAUUAGAAGGAUACUUCCAUGCAGUUUUUCAUGCAAUCAGUGCUUCAUACUUGGCAAAACAAGAACUGGAUGUUCUCAGGCCAAGCUUAUUAGAAAACCAAAAUUCUUUAUCCUUUAAAAUAAUAAAAGCUGCUGAAAGUGUAAAGAAUGAAGGGAAAACUUUAUCUCGACUCGAUGCUGAUGUUGUUAUUGCCAUUGAUAAUUUAGCAUCGCAGGAGAGUAGCAUAUUUUUGCCAGCAUUAUCAAAGUAUGGAUGGAAUCUAGAGAACAAUCAUUUAUAUGUCGGUGAUUGGAGAGCAAGUUGGAAAGAAGCUUUAAUCACAGGGAAAAAAUGAUUAGAGAUCUCUAGAAAUGAACUAAGUUUUUUGUUCAAAAAACAGUUCGUUUGUGUUGAGAUUCAACAUGAUUUUCCAGAACAGUUUUUUAAGAUAUAAACAUAUGGAUCUAUAUACAAUUUUAUAUUUUAAUACCUUCUCUACUAUUUUCAGAAUCUCAUAUUUCAUAAAUGCCAAAAAUCCAAAAUAAAUUUAUAUUACCUAAAGAAUAAAUUAAAAAAUCAAAUUUUCUUCUUGUGUUCUUAUAAAUUAUUGUUUAUAUAUGUAUUAGGGUAUCUACCAGUCUCAGAAAACAUUCGAUUUAACAGACACCUAUCGCUCAGCUUGUAACUGUAAGAGACCUAGAUGAUUUGAUUAGGAUAUUGGCCAUUAGGCAGGUUAUUACGCAUGUAACUUGAAAUUUAAUCAGAAUUUAAUCAAGAUCACUUAAAUAACUCUUUUUAAGCCUUCUUCAAGUAUUUUGUUACAAGUCUAUCAUGGCAUUUUAUUAUAAGUUGCCUCCAGCCUUAGUGUUUUUCAUUCUGGAUUCAAUAAACAAAAACCUUAUAGAUAAUUAAAUAAAGUGAUUAUUUGAUUUUUUUUUUUUUUUUUGUUCUUGAUUGUGUGUUUAAUAAAUAAAAUCUGGCCAAUGAUGUA